AUGGCAUACGUACCUCCAGCAACAGGAGAAUAUCCUUAUGAGGGAAAUGGAGCCGUUUCGCAGCAACAACUGGAACUUGCCUCCAACUUACAAAAUUUGUCGCUUAACAACAAUACAUCCAAAUCGAAGAAAAAGAGAAGCGCCAGAGCGUACCACACCGAAUUCAAUUCACCAGACGUUACUCAACCUUCAACGCCUUUCCAGCCACAACAUCAAUCGUUUUCACAACCCCAGCUUCAUACUGAUGCAGCUCCUCUGCCUUACUCGGGACAGAUGCACGCAGGUCUGAUGCAAGCGUUUUCAGCGCCUGAUCCAGUACAAAUGCAGAGUGAACAGCAAAACCUCUCAUUAGCAAGUGCACGAUAUCAUCAUCAACGUGAAUUUAUGACUCCUGUUAGUGAAGAAGAUGGCUCGUAUAAAUCGUUUUUUACGUUUCAGAAUAUUGUGCCGCCAACAGCAGGUACGCAAUACCAUGCUGUUGAUCAGGGAACUUCGUCUUCAAAAUUUAUGAGAUCGUCGAUGUAUAAUGUUCCAGAGACAGAGCAGUUAAGAAAUGCCACGAAAUUGCCACUUUCCGUUACCAUAAGACCUUUUGCACCCUUGUUAGCCACCGAAGAACCGAUCCCUGUUGUUGACAUGCAAAAUUUGGGAUUUUCGACUGAAGCUGAUCCGUUGGACGUUGGCCCACCUAGGUGUCGUCGUUGUAGAACUUAUAUGAAUCCAGCCAUGCAACAUACUACCCAUAACAGAUUCGUAUGUAACAUUUGCCAAUUCCCAAAUAACACUAUUCCAGAUGAUUACAUUUCUAUGGUUAAUCCAAUUACAGGUGCAAGAACUGAUGCGAACGUAAGACCUGAGUUACAUAAAGGUGUUUAUGAUAUUAUUGUUCCGAAAGAGUAUAACGUGGGUGGUGCUGAUACAAUUAACCACGAAUUGCAUCAUGUAUUCUUGAUUGAUAUCAGUGAACAAAGUGUUAGACAGCACUUGCCUGUUUUAAUUGCUGAUACCAUCAGAGCAACUUUAUACAGCCUGGACUAUGAUGAGCAGCCAGAUACAACGGAUCCAAAUGAACCUCAAAGGAGGACUAUUCCAGGUAAAUUUGCCAUUAUCACCUUCGAUAAAAGAUUACAAUUCUAUAACUUGGCUCCAUCUCUUGACUCUACACAGCUAUCUAUAUCUUCUGAUCUCGAAGAUCCAUUUGUUCCAUUUAGUGAAGGUUUAUUUGCUGAUCCCGAAGAAAGUAGAAUAUGCAUUGAGGACGCCUUAAAUAAUUUGGAGCUGUUAAGCAGUAAUGAGAACGUCAUUGCAGACCCAGAACCAUGUUUUGCAGCAGCUGUUCGUACAGCUAUGUUGUGUCUUGAAUCUGUCGGAGGGGGUAAAAUCACAUCAGUUCUCUCCAAUUUGCCGUCUUGGGGUCCUGGUAGUUUAACCUACAAAGACAGAAAGAAUGUUGGACGCUCCCCUACACCAGAACAAGAAAAAGCCGUAUAUAAUCCUGACAAUGAAUAUUACCAAUUGCUAGCAAAGGAUAUGAUUUCUAAAAACGUCGGUUUAGAAUGUCUCGUCGUAUCUCCUACUGCAGUGGACUUAUCAAAUAUUGGUUGGUUGUGCUCAGUGAGCGGUGGUUCUGUUUACAAGUGGUCAAACUUUAAUUUUGAAAGAGAUAGCAGAUCAUUCACAGCAAAAUUUAUUAAUUCAGUGAGAAAGUCUAGAGGCUACCAAGGCCAAUUAAAAUUGCGUUGCUCUAAUGGAUUACAAGUCACUCAGUAUUACGGAACUUCAUCAGCUGUUGCGGAGGCUUCAGUAGUAGGAGCUGGUACCCAAGAUCCUAUCAUUCCAGUUCUCAAUGAAGACCAAACAUUUACAGUAUUAUUACAAUAUGAUGGUAAAUUGAACACAAAAUAUGAUUGUCAUUUUCAAGCAGGUUUAUUAUAUACUGAUCCUUCCGGUAUUAGAAAAGUUAGAGUUAUUAACUUGGUUUUGGCAGUUAGUGAAACCUUAGAUGAUGUCUUUAACUUUGUUGAGCAAGAUUCUGUUGUCACAACAAUAGUUAGAGAUACAUUGUCAUUUGUUGGAAAGCAAACUUUACACGAACUUCGUGAAUCGGUAAAUGAAAAAUUAGUGGAAGUUUUUACUCAGUAUAGAGCUAUGAGUGAAUUGGGACAUAAUAGGCAUCGAACAUUAACGAACCAAUUGUUAUUUCCAGACUCAUUGAAGCAUUUACCUAUGUAUAUGCUCGCAUUUAUUAAAUCAAAAACUCUAAGAGAUUCUACAUCUUUAACCGCUGAUACUAGGUUGGCUGAUAUAUUCCAAUGCUUAAACAUGCCAGUUGAACGAUUAAUGUAUCAUUUAUGUCCUGCUUUGGUUGAACUUCAUACAUUAGAACAAGAUGAUUGUAUGGUACCAGAUGAGGGUACUGAGAACCCGGACUAUUUUAUAAAGUUACCUCAGUAUAAAGAUUUGUCCUAUAACCAGCUAGAUGGUGGAGUCUACAUUUUAUGUAAUGGUUUAGAUAUUUUUGUUUGGAUUCAUCCAAAUGCAAAUAUUCUUCUUAUUAAAGACUUAUUUGGUGAGGAUAUUGAUUCCGUUAACCAAAUUAAUCCUCUAAUUGACGAGAUCCCAGACUUGCCGACUCAUAUAUCACAACAAGCUCGUAACUUAGUUAGGUUUUUCCAAUCUGAAAUAACUGGAUCAUCUGCAAUUGGAAGUGCAGGUAUCCAAAUUGUUAGACAAGGCAUAGAUGGUGCGGAGGUAUUAUUCAAAGACUGUUUGAUUGAAGAUAACUUAAAGGGGGCUCUUGCUGCGAAUGCUGGGGCUGCCUACCCAGAAUAUUUAUCUAAUUUGCACAAGGCAAUUAGAGUUAAGUUAGAAAACGAUAAAUCCUCUAAUCGUGUUAGACAGUCUGUCAGUACGGUCGACCAUCAUCAAGAUACCUUAGCUCAAAGAUUAAUUCACUUUUAA